CUCCCAGGAAGCGGUGAUAGACAGUUCUGUGUGGUUCUCCACCCCCACCCCCCAGCUGAGUGGAGGAGUUGAUGUGUCUCAUUAUAACAGCCAAUGCAGCCGCCAUCCACGCACAAGCAAAGAAGCAUGUCCCAUUUAAAUACACCCACGCAGCCCCAGCGCCCUUAGCCGAUCGGGGCGCGCAGCCCACACGCACCGCGGCUCCGGGCUUGGGGAUCUGCACAGGUUGGGCUCUCGGACCCGGAGGACCGGCGCGCCGCGGAGGAUUGGGAUCCGGCGCUGUGGGGCCGGGGUGGGCGGGGGAGGCUGGGCCCGGAGCCUCAGGCUCGAUACCCGCAGGAGGACGCGAGGGAAACAGACCAAGGUGGCAUUUCCAAGGGAGAAGCUUCGGGGUGGCUUUGCUUUAUUUCUCGGCCGAAGAAGUAGCCAUGGCGAGCGACUCCCCGGCUCGCAGCCUGGAUGAGAUCGACCUCUCGGCUCUGAGGGAUCCAGCAGGGAUCUUUGAAUUGGUGGAACUUGUUGGAAACGGGACCUAUGGGCAAGUUUAUAAGGGUCGUCAUGUCAAAACGGGCCAGCUUGCAGCCAUUAAGGUUAUGGAUGUCACGGGGGAUGAAGAAGAAGAAAUUAAACAAGAAAUUAACAUGUUGAAGAAAUAUUCUCAUCACCGAAAUAUUGCUACAUACUAUGGUGCUUUUAUCAAAAAGAACCCACCCGGCAUGGAUGACCAGCUUUGGCUGGUGAUGGAGUUUUGCGGCGCUGGCUCUGUCACAGACCUGAUCAAGAACACCAAAGGGAACACGCUGAAAGAGGAGUGGAUUGCCUACAUCUGCAGAGAGAUCUUGCGGGGGCUGAGUCACCUGCACCAGCAUAAAGUGAUUCAUCGUGAUAUUAAAGGUCAAAAUGUGUUGCUGACAGAAAAUGCGGAAGUUAAGCUAGUGGACUUUGGCGUAAGUGCCCAGCUUGACAGAACAGUGGGCAGGAGGAAUACUUUCAUUGGCACUCCCUACUGGAUGGCACCUGAAGUUAUUGCCUGUGACGAAAACCCAGAUGCCACCUACGACUUCAAGAGUGACCUGUGGUCUUUGGGAAUCACCGCCAUCGAGAUGGCAGAAGGCGCUCCCCCUCUCUGCGACAUGCAUCCGAUGAGAGCCCUCUUCCUCAUCCCCCGGAACCCAGCACCUCGGCUCAAGUCCAAGAAGUGGUCCAAGAAAUUCCAGUCGUUUAUUGAGAGCUGCCUGGUGAAGAACCACAGCCAGCGGCCAGCCACAGAGCAGCUGAUGAAGCAUCCGUUUAUCCGAGACCAGCCUAAUGAGCGACAGGUGCGCAUCCAGCUCAAGGACCACAUCGACAGAACCAAGAAGAAGCGGGGAGAGAAAGAUGACACUGAGUACGAGUACAGCGGAAGUGAGGAAGAGGAGGAGGAGAAUGACUCGGGGGAGCCCAGCUCCAUCCUGAACCUGCCCGGGGAGUCGACGCUGCGGCGGGACUUCCUGAGGCUGCAGCUGGCCAACAAGGAACGCUCGGAGGCCCUGCGGCGGCAACAGCUGGAGCAGCAACAGCGCGAGAACGAGGAGCACAAGAGGCAGCUGCUGGCCGAGCGCCAGAAGCGCAUUGAGGAGCAGAAGGAGCAGCGCCGGCGGCUGGAGGAGCAACAAAGGCGAGAGAAGGAGCUGCGCAAGCAGCAGGAGAGGGAGCAGCGUCGGCAUUACGAGGAGCAGCUGCGCCGGGAGGAGGAGAGGAGGCGCGCCGAGCACGAGCAGGAAUACAUCAGGCGACAGUUAGAGGAGGAGCAGAGGCAGUUAGAGAUCUUGCAGCAGCAGCUACUGCAUGAACAAGCUCUCCUUCUGGAAUAUAAACGCAAACAACUUGAAGAGCAGAGGCAAGCAGAAAGACUGCAGAGACAGCUAAAGCAAGAGAGGGACUACUUGGUUUCCCUCCAGCAUCAGAGGCAGGAGCAGAGACCCGUGGAGAAGAAGCCGCUGUACCAUUACAAAGAAGGGAUGAGUCCCAGUGAGAAGCCAGCGUGGGCCAAGGAGGUAGAAGAACGGUCAAGACUUAACCGACAGAGUUCACCUGCCAUGCCUCACAAAAUUGCCAACAGAAUAUCUGACCCCAACCUGCCCCCACGGUCAGAAUCCUUCAGUAUUAGUGGGGUUCAGCCUGCUCGAACACCUCCCAUGCUUAGACCAGUGGAUCCCCAGCUUCCUCAUCUGGUCGCUGUGAAAUCUCAGGGCCCUGCCCUGACCGCAUCCCAGUCAGUGCACGAGCAGCCUACCAAAGGCCUCUCCGGGUUCCAGGAGGCUCUGAGCGUGACUUCUCACCGCGUGGAGAUGCCACGCCAGAAUUCGGACCCCACCUCUGAAAACCCUCCACUCCCCACAAGAAUUGAGAAGUUUGACCGAAGUUCUUGGCUGCGACAGGAAGAAGACAUUCCACCAAAGGUGCCUCAAAGAACUACUUCUAUAUCCCCAGCGUUAGCCAGGAAGAAUUCUCCUGGGAAUGGUAGUGCCCUGGGACCCAGACUAGGAUCUCAGCCAGUCAGAGCGAGCAACCCAGAUCUCCGGAGAACUGAGCCUGUCCUGGAGAGUCCCCUGCACAGGACCAGCAGUGGCAGUUCCUCCAGCUCCAGCACUCCCAGCUCCCAGCCUAGCUCCCAAGGAGGCUCCCAGCCGGGAUCACAAGCCGGGUCCAGUGAACGCACCAGAGUCCGAGCCAACAGUAAAUCAGAAGGCUCGCCAGUCCUCCCCCAUGAACCUUCAAAGGUGAAACCCGAGGAAUCCAGGGACAUCACCCGGCCUAGCCGACCAGCUAGCUAUAAGAAAGCUAUAGAUGAGGAUCUGACAGCAUUAGCUAAAGAACUGAGAGAACUCCGCAUUGAAGAGACAAACCGACCACUGAAGAAGGUGACCGACUACUCCUCCUCCAGUGAGGAGUCGGAGAGCAGUGAAGAAGAGGAGGAGGACGGCGAGAGCGAGACCCAUGAUGGAACAGUGGCUGUCAGUGACAUUCCCAGACUGAUACCAACAGGCGCUCCAGGGAGUAACGAGCAGUACAAUGUGGGAAUGGUCGGGACACACGGGCUGGAGACUUCUCAUGCAGACACCUUCAGCAGCAGUAUUUCAAGAGAAGGAACCCUGAUGAUCAGAGAGACAUCUGGAGAGAAGAAGCGAUCUGGCCACAGUGACAGCAAUGGCUUCGCUGGCCACAUCAACCUCCCAGACCUGGUGCAGCAGAGCCAUUCGCCAGCAGGGACACCAACGGAGGGCCUGGGCCGUGUGUCUGCCCAUCCCCAGGAGAUGGACGCAGGAACUGAAUACGGCAUGGGGAGCAGCACCAAAGCCUCCUUCACGCCCUUUGUGGACCCCAGAGUGUACCAGACAUCUCCCACUGAUGAAGAUGAAGAGGAUGAGGAAUCUUCAGCUGCAGCUCUGUUUACUAGUGAACUUCUUAGGCAAGAACAGGCCAAACUCAAUGAAGCACGGAAGAUCUCAGUGGUGAAUGUAAACCCAACCAACAUUCGGCCUCAUAGUGACACACCCGAAAUUAGAAAAUACAAGAAACGAUUCAACUCGGAAAUACUUUGUGCAGCUCUGUGGGGUGUAAACCUUCUAGUGGGGACUGAAAACGGCCUGAUGCUCUUGGACCGAAGUGGGCAAGGCAAAGUCUACAAUCUGAUCAACCGGAGGCGAUUUCAGCAGAUGGAUGUGCUAGAAGGACUGAAUGUCCUUGUGACAAUAUCAGGAAAGAAGAACAAGCUACGAGUGUACUAUCUGUCAUGGUUAAGAAACAGAAUACUACACAAUGACCCAGAAGUAGAAAAGAAGCAAGGCUGGAUCACCGUUGGGGACUUGGAAGGCUGCAUACAUUACAAAGUUGUUAAAUAUGAAAGGAUUAAAUUCUUGGUGAUUGCCUUAAAGAAUGCUGUGGAGAUAUAUGCUUGGGCUCCUAAACCAUAUCAUAAGUUCAUGGCAUUUAAGUCUUUUGCAGAUCUCCAGCACAAGCCCCUGCUAGUUGAUCUCACAGUAGAAGAAGGUCAAAGGUUAAAAGUUAUUUUUGGCUCCCACACUGGUUUCCAUGUAAUUGAUGUUGAUUCAGGAAACUCUUAUGAUAUCUACAUACCAUCUCACAUUCAGGGCAAUAUCACUCCUCAUGCUAUUGUCAUCUUGCCUAAGACAGAUGGAAUGGAAAUGCUUGUUUGCUAUGAGGAUGAGGGGGUGUACGUGAACACCUAUGGCCGGAUAACAAAGGAUGUGGUGCUCCAAUGGGGAGAAAUGCCCACAUCUGUGGCCUACAUUCAUUCCAAUCAGAUAAUGGGCUGGGGCGAAAAAGCUAUUGAGAUCCGGUCAGUGGAAACAGGACAUUUGGAUGGAGUAUUUAUGCAUAAGCGAGCUCAAAGGUUAAAGUUUCUAUGUGAAAGAAAUGAUAAGGUAUUUUUUGCAUCCGUGCGAUCUGGAGGAAGUAGCCAAGUGUUUUUCAUGACCCUCAACAGAAAUUCCAUGAUGAACUGGUAACAGAAGAGCACUUGGCACUUAUCUUCAUGGCAUUAUUUCUAAUUUAAAAGAACAUAACUCAUGCGGACUGAUGCCAGUCUAGAGGCAGAAUCAGAAGGCUUGGUUGAACAUACAGCUUUCCCCUCUUCCUCUCCCUCCACCCCUCCCAACCGUCCGUCUUUUAGUGUUGCAGCCUGGUUGAGAAGGAGAGAAAAAGGUGGCAAGAAUUUCCAGGAGAUCCCCAAGAAUGCUGCGAUGGCUACAAAGAUGGACCACAUGCCCUUCGGAGUUAGGGAUAGGGACAGUUACUAUGUGCUGUUAUGAUUAAGCUGUGUUAUGAUGGGUUUUGAUUUUUUUUUUUUUUUACUUUGCCCCCUCACUUUGUAAGAAUGGGGAGAUGCAUACUGAGAAAAUAAGUCAGUUUUUAAUUCUGUCUGCCUGCUAGUUGUAAGUAUAUGGUAUUGUAAAAACCAAAAUUCCGAUCUACAAUGGUGAGAGACAGCACAAUAAACAGUACCUUAUCUCCUUACCCUGAAGGCCAUAACUGCAGAAAGGGGUAACUUCAGAACUCUUGCCUUCACCAAUUCAGAAGGUUGCUUUUUCACAGCAACUGGAUAAGGAAUUUUUAAGAGAAGAAAAAUAUUAGUUUUCCCCUCUUUUGGGAAAUAGAUUUUAAAUGGCUAAACUACUAGCCUUAAUCUAAUUUAAAAAAAAAAAUCAACUACUACUUUUGUGAGUCUGGAGGGCCAUGCUUUUACAUGGCCCUUUAUGCGACAGUGUGUUGAAUGGGACAGGAAUGGCAUUGAAGUGAGUUGGCCUAGCAAUAGAGGGACUCUAAAACAACGUUCCCUCAGCUCAGUACAACAGAUCAGGGAAGAGACGUGAUGGAGGAUGAGGUCAGACAGAAAGAGCGACUAGGAGAACAAGCCUACACACACACACACAUGCACGCACACACACACACUCGCACUCACUCACACUCACUUUUGUAAAAUGCACAAAGCCUCCUGUUAAAAGGUCACUUGGUUUGGGCUUCGUUAAGACCAAGACUGUUCUGAGAAUUGGGGAGUAGAUGACAUCCGGAUUCUGGACAUUCUCAGCUCUCUUCUGAAGGUGCCACUUUCUCAAGAUGGAAACUGUGACGGAACAAGAUGAAUAAUAAUAAACAUUUCUGAGCUGCCUGUGUUCUGCCUGGGUCCGUGAGAGAAGGAACUAGACUCCUUAGCCUGCUUCAGGCACGGCAGGCAGUGUUGCCUCAAAUUUUAGAGAACUUGAAAGCAAGGCUUUGGCCAAAAUUCUGAGACCCUGUAUCACUUUACCUUCCUCCAAAUUAUCCAACAUCCGGUAAACAUUUGUGCAGAGAUAUGUAUGUAUUUAGUUCAGGUUGACUUACGUCCUUAUAAACUCUUACUCAAAUGAUUUGAACUUCUACGUGAUUGUCUUGGAUUUUUUUUUUUCCAAAGCUACAAGCAUGGCCGCCCAUGGUAUCCAGGUGUUGUAAAAACAAUAUCUGUGUUGCGCUUCCUGUUUUAACCUACCUCGUUUUGUUUGUUUUUGUUUCACUGUUCAUCACAGCAGUGUUAUCUCCAGGAGACAUAUAGAGAGCUCAAUUGGCAAUCCCAGCUGGUACAUUUUUAAAACAAAACAGUAGUUGACCAAAUUGUUCUUAAAAAAAAAAAAAAAAUGAAAAAUUCAACAAUAAAAAUUGAUGUGGUUUGUUUCCAGAGAAAACAAUUACUGGAAAUGGAUCCAAAAAAAUAAUCUGUGAUCCUACUGAUUUUGCUUAAAUCCAUAAGCAGCUGAUGUACUAUUAAUGAGAACAAAAUGUGCAGUUAGGAAAAUGGAGCCAUUUUAAUCUGAUGGUUUGAGCGAGGGUGUUGGGGGGAGUGAAGAGGAAAUAUUCUGGUUUCUGGAUUAAAUGUUUAUACCCCUCCUGGAAAGAUGGCUAUCGUUUGCAUUUAUGUUAACCAGGAAUCUUGGAAAUGCAACUGAGGAUUAUCUUCAAUGAGCCCUGAGCCCAGAGAUGUCCUCAUCAUGGUCCCUUUAGCACGCGAAAGCAAUGAAAUCCUCCUGUUCUCAUUUUUACUGCUGUGCUUGUGCUGCUGAACAAUACAAUCUUCACAAAUUCCGUGCAACAAAUUUAGCAAUAAAGUUUCUAGAUCGAACUUAGCAACUACUGUAAUUGGAUGCUGAUGUGGGCAGAACACAUUGAUUGGAGUUUCAUCCCCAAAUGUGAUUGCCACCAGCUCUUUAUAUUGCUGCUGUGGUAUUUUAAACCAGAAGCUUUUUUUUUUUUUUUAAAUUAUGUUGCAAACUGAUCUUUUAUGUUUUGUUCUGUUUUGAUUUCUAAGUGACAAGUUUGAAACACACAGCUUUAAAUGAUUUUUUUAUUGUGGGAUUUUGGGUACAGUUAAGAAAUAAAAGGGAAUCAUUGUGUUUAAACAUAAGGUAGUUUGUGAAUGUGUUUUUUAAACUCUAGAUUCAUUGAAACAAAAAAAAAAUCACAAGGAAACAAUAUUAAUGCAGUCUUGUUUACAGUAUGUACAGUUACAUAACCUAGAACAUGAGCUUUUCUGGUGCCAACAACAAUAAAACACAGAAGUUAAACAUCAA